UUAAAAUUUCCUAUAAGAACGAUAUACUUGAAAGACAGAAAAAUAUUAUAGCCGCAGAGAAAAUUUUUUAAAGGUUUUUACAGUUUUUUAGCACUGAAGUAAGACAAUAAAAAAGAUAAAACAAAAAUGAAGGAAGAGUUAAUGUGUGGAAAAUGCCUAGAACUUUUAAAAGAUCCACUGAAUUUACCUUGCUCGCACAACGUAUGUUAUGUAUGUGCGAAGGAGUGUACAAUUAAAACUCUCAGUGCCGCAUCAGGGAGCUUUCAAGAGUCGUCAAAGUUAUCAGUUAGUCAAAAUUUAAACGACCGCUCGGAUUGUCAUUCAGAUGAUAGUGGAUACCUUGCAAUGCACGAAAUUCACGCAUGCUUGCAUCAACAAUUGCAGGGUCCAAUUUCAUCCAUCAAAUGCCCAAAAUGCUGUGUCAGUUUCAUAUUGGAUGAUCGAGGCAUAGACUGCCUUGCAAAGAAUUUAAUCUUAGAGAAUCUCGUUGAAAAAUACAAACCAAUGAAUUCAGAUAUAGACUGUCAACUGUGUGAAGUGAACCCGCCUACUAAAGCCACUGUGACGUGCGAGCAGUGCCGUGUAUCUUACUGUGACGAAUGUCUAUCUAUAUGUCAUCCAAAACGAGGUCCGCUAGCCUCGCAUUCGUUAGUAACGCCAUCAAAUUCAGAACAAAAUUUAAAAACUAGAGGCGUUUUAAAAUGCAGGGAGCAUGAGGAAGAAAAUAUAAGCAUGUACUGCGCACUUUGUAAAAUGCCAGUUUGUUACUUGUGUUUUGAAGAGGGAAGACAUUGCGGUCACGAGGCUAAAGCGUUAGGUACCAUGUUCAAAGAGCAAAAGGGAGAGUUACAGAAAGGGUUGGAAGUACUUAGUAGCAAAAAUGAAAGUCUAAAAGAUUUUAUCAAUGUAUUAACCGUGCAUGUUGAGAAAGUCCAGGAAAAUGGUGUCGAUUUUGAAUCACGUGUCGUGGCACAAAUGGAUGAAGUCAUUCAGAUGUUACACAAAAAGAAAGCUCAACUAUUAUCAUCUAUAGCAAACAAUGUCUCCACAAAGAUGGAGCUUUUGACAGAACAGAAAAAUAAUUGUAUGUCAAAACUUUUAACAACGGAAGGUUUAAUCCAGUACGCUGAUGAAGUUGCUAAAGAGAAAGAUCCAGCUACGUUUUUGCUUAUUUCAAGCUCGUUGUGCUCCAGGUUGCAGUACAAUAUUGAAACAUGGAUAGGAAAGCAAGGCUUGAACCCUGCAGUAACGUCAGAUAUGGAGUUAGCAUUGUCAACAAAAGAAGUUGUAAACGCUUUGCAACAGUGUGAAUGUGUAAAAGCAUUCCAUGAGGAACAAAUUGAAAUACCUGGUACACCAAUAAUCAUUGCCGACAACUGUUCCGUCACAAAUAACACGUUAACAUUAGAAUGGCGUCUAAAUAACAACACGUCACCGAUUGACGGUUAUACUAUUGAAGUUGAUGACGGAAUGAAUGGUGACUUUCAACAGGUUCAUCAAACUGAUGAAAACGUGUGUACGUUGGGUGGUCUGCAAUUUAGUUCUACAUACAGGGCAAGGGUGCAGGCUUUUAAUUCUGCAGGUGAAGGCAAAUACAGUGACGUCGUUUAUCUUACAACGCCUAAUGUUGCUGUAUUCAAGUUUGAUGAUGAAGCUUCUCAUUCAGACAUCUGUUUGAGUAACAAAAACACAACUAUGACUGCGUCAAGUUUUGAGAAUCGAGUAGCGUUGGCAGAUGUCGGUUUCAGUCGUGGACUACAUUACUGGGAGGUGACUAUCGAUCGUUACGAAGGAAAUCCUGAUCCAGCAAUAGGAGUUGCAAUGGAGGAUUGUAUGAAAGAUACCAUCCUUGGUAAAGAUGCUAAAGCAUGGUCUGUUUACGUUGACAGCACAAGGAGUUGGUUCCAACACAAUAAUGCUCAUUUGCAUCGCUCGGAAGGAGGUAUCGAAAAUGGCUCAACUAUUGGACUGCUGUUAGAUUUGGAACACUGUUUGUUGACUUUCUUUUGCAACGAAGAAAAGCAUGGUCCGAUUGCUUUCCCUAGCCUGGAAGACGCUGACAUUGUGUAUCCUGCGUUUAGUCUGAACAGAAACGUUACCAUGACGUUACACACGGGUCUGCAGCCGCCUAGCAUUGAAUAAAUCACUGAAAGAAAUAUAGAUUAUAUGACAACUGCUUUCACAUCGAAACAAAGGAAUAUAGUUUUUUUUAAAUUCCUUUCUCGGUUUACUUCUUUUCUCGUCCGAUUUAAAAAAAAAGAGCUCUGGAAACAAGGGUAAACGUUGCAUCAACCACUUUCAUACAUUUUCGUUCUUUCACACAUGGCAUAAAUCAUCUUUCUGUAUAAAUGAAUGUACAAUUGACCGGGAGUCAAAUGUAUACUAGUUACUUAAAGAAUGUAUUAUCUCCCACAAAAAUAUUGGGGGAGAUCAAUAUUGUGGGAGAACUUAUUUUUUAUUAUGGAGUAUUAUUUGUUAUGGAGUACUUUUACUUUUUUAAAAUUAUUUGAUUUUAAUUAAAUUAUUUCUUGGGGAUGAUAGAUUUCUACAUAAAAUAUUAUUUUUAUGAAAUAUUCCUGUUAAUAAUUAAAUUAUUUAUUCCAAUUAAUAUGUUUAAAUCUAAAUGUUUACCAAAUAAAAAUGUGAUUUUUAAAUCGCGAUAAUUCACGAUAUAGGCGAUGCGCUGGGAAGAUGAGGGCCUCGGUUUUACGAUUUAGCCGAACGUGCACGUUGAAUUCCAACCGAAGGUUUUAAAGUUCACGAAGACAGCAACACUUUAAGUUAGUAGGUUUAUUAAAAAAAAUAUUUUUAGAAACGAAAUUUAAUUUUUUUAGCAAAUUCUAAUUUUCGUACUUGGAGUCUUUUUUAUUUUAGAGAAUUGUGUUUAUCAGUAGGGGUAUUAUUUCGCCGUUACUUCAGAGAAAAAAGAAUUUCACAAUUACCAAUAGAUUAAAUAAAAAUGGUCAGAAGAUUCUCGUC